AUGGAUAGAAGGAAAACGUCCUGGUUUUCGACGAUCUACACGCUAGCACUGGUGUUUCUGGGAAGCAUAAUCUGCCAUGGGUCUGCCCUCUCCAUCAGUCUCAUCGAAAUGGAAUGCGUAUCAGAGAACGUUUUACACGAAGGCGACACCGUUUCCGGGAAUUUUGUGGUGAUGGACCAUGACAUCUUCUGGAGCUCUGACCAUCCUGGAAUUGAAUUCACUGCCACAUCUCCCAAUGGUCAUCUGCUGUAUGCUUUGAAGGGCACAUCGGGGGACAAGUUCGAGUUCAAAGCCCGAGAAGGUGGAAUAUACAACUUCUGUUUCAAGAACCCCUCCUCAACGCCCGAGACCGUAUCCUUCUACAUUCACGUUGGCCACAUCCCUAAUGAGUCCGACCUUGCCAAGCAUGAGCAUUUAGACCCUGUUCAGGUGAAGAUCGCCGAGUUGAGGGAGGCAUUAGAGUCUAUUAUAGCAGAGCAAAGGUAUUUGAAAGCACGUGAGGCUAGGCAUCGACACACGAAUGAAAGCACUAGAAGACGGGUUGUAUUCUACACAAUUACGGAGUAUGUUUUAUUUGCUUCAACGAGCAUCCUCCAAGUGAUAUAUAUUCGUCGCCUGUUCAGCAAAUCAUAUGCUUACCACCGCGUAUAGUCUGCUCUUCGUCAUCAAUCGUACUUCUCAUUCUGCCUUUUAGCAGUCCUUCUUGUACCUUUUCCAUGUGAUGUCCCAUUGAAUUUUUGGGCGCAUGGUUCCCGUAGAACAGAUUUUAAUUCAGUCAUAUUUCCUAACUUGAAUUCAAAAUUUUCAUGUUUACUUCAA